AUGAUUUUUUUUUGUGAUCGUCCGUCUUCUGAAAUGUGGGGAAAAACUGCUAAGCAGAAGGCACUACUUGUCUCUUUAGUUAAGAUGCAUAAAUGCGUGAUUAGGAUAGAAAAAAAGGAUAUCAUUGCCGCCAAUAAAAAACUAAAGGAACUAAAGGAAACGGAAGAUAAUGAAGAAAUUAUUCCAAUAACAGAUAAAGAAGAGGAAGAAGACGAAAAAGGCGAAGACGAUGAAGAAGAAUUAAUUCCCCGGAGAAAGACAAGAUCAAUCACAAAUAAUAAUAAGGGGAAAAUUGAUCAGAAAAUAGGGAAUAAAUCGAAAAGUGAAUAUGAAGAUGAUGGGGAAAUUGAUGAUAUUUCACAUCUCGGCUUUUUUCAUCAAGUACAAACAACAACACCAACAACAACAACAACAGCAGCAGUAGCUAAUGACGUUUUAUUUCCAUGCGAUAAAUGCGGUGUUCAAUUCUCGCGUAGAGAUGUACUUUUCGAUCAUAUUUUUAGUGAGCAUUUCGAUCAAAAAUUAACGCAAAAAAAUUUCACCUGCGAAGUAUGUCAAAGAAGUUAUGCGUCGCGUAGUAAUUUACGUCGUCAUCAACGUCACGAAUGUAAUACCACUCCUUCGUUUAUUUGUCCAUUUUGUAAUCAGGCAUUUAAAUACGAUCAUGUACUUCAUAGACACAUGACUAGUGUUCACGCAGAUUUUUUAAGUUUUCCCCUACCACACGUGGAGUUCAACUAUUUUUUGCAUUCGUCAUCGUCGAACGAGAGUGCGAGCGUUUUUGGAGGGAAAGACGGGGUCGAGGGAACAAGUUCAAAAUACUAUUCGCCAUCGAGGACACGAAGUAAUUCGGGAAAAUCGUCCGAAAUGAAACCAUUUAAAUGUCCAAAGUGUGAUCGAACAUUUGCCGUUAAGGGCAAUAUGAAUAGACAUCUUAAAUACGAGUGUAAUCAAGCGCCAAAAUUCUCCUGUCCACAUUGUCAUUUUCGUUCGAAGCAAAGUUCCAAUGUUUUGGCUCACAUUAGAGCACACUUUACGAUACUGGAUUCGUUUGUCAGUUAUGAUCAGCCCGGUGAGAAUGUUGAUGAUGGAACGGGGAAAAAUUUACAUUUCUGUCCAAAAUGUAAACGUGGUUUUACAUUGAAGGGAAAUCGCAAUCGCCACUACAAAUAUGAAUGCGGUCAGGAACCACGUUUUGGCUGUCCAUAUUGCGAUCUACAUAAUUUGGAUUCAUCGUAUCCUUAUGAAGAUUGUGAUUAUAAAAUGGACCCGUCGAGGAGAAUGUAUGGCGAUUAUGUCUGUUCAAAGUGUGGAAAAUUCUACAAAUCACUAGGAACAUUGCAACGUCAUUUAAAUUACGAGUGUGGUUUGGCACCUCGAUUCAAAUGUCCCUAUUGUAAUUAUUAUACGAAGCAAAAGAUCAACGUCAAAAAGCAUAUUAUCAGAAAUCAUAUUGACAAAUCGAUUUAUGUUAUCGAUACAAUGAGCACUAUCGACAUGCCACUUGACAGAGGAAACUUCAGGCUGAAAACAAAUUUGAAUAAAUAUUCUUGUACAACCUGUGGAAAGACGUACAAGUGGAGACAAGGUUUAAUAAGACAUAGAAAAUAUGAGUGCAAUGUUCCACCAAUGUUUCAGUGCGUCUAUUGUCCGCACAGAUCUAGACAUAAGGAUAAUUUAAUGAAGCAUGUUUUCGCAAAGCAUGUCGACCGCAAUCAACUGUAA